ACCUAGUGUUAGUGAGUAUUCUGACAGCAGAUUACUAAAGGCACAAGCCACUGCUGGCAGCUGUUUGCUAAGGGACUGCAGCACCUCCACCUGAACAGCUCCAGGUUGGCUCAGUGGUCGUGGGACUCUUUGGCAAGAACCUGUACAAGCACAGCAAAUAUGGGAAAUAAUUUGACUGUUCAAGAAGAAGCUGAAGACCAAGAUAAUGUGUGCACAACGGAGAAUGAUCAGGUUGUGUCUGAACCUCCUACCAGUGCUAAAAAUGGGCCUGUCACAAUUCAGAUUGCACAGACUGUUUCUUCUGAAAAUGACAAAGUGGAUGCAAGGACAAGUGUUGAACAGAAUAAUGUGGCCGUUUCUUCCCAGAAGACAAUAGAGAUAAGCUCCACUUCUGAUGCAAAUGGAAAAAAUCUUGGGACUGAGGCCAAGAAACCCGUGCCAGCUGCAAAAUCUCGUUUUGUCUUUGCUUUUUCACGGCCUGUACCAGGACGUACUGAAGAGCAAGCUACAGACUCAUCAGUUGGAUCAGCUAAGCUUGAUGUCAGUUCAGAGAUGCCUGAAGUGAACAAAGCAUCAAGUGAGAAAGUAGAUAGUUCCGCAACAGCUGUGCUGGAGGAAGGGUCUGAUAAAAACCUAAGCCAGGCCCCUUCUGCAGCAGAACUUAGUGACACUGAACUAAUAGCAUUAGCAUCACCCGAGACAGAGGAUGCAGCCUCAUCAAAGACAAAACAAGUGACUUUCUUUGACAGACUCUUCAAACUGGAAAAGGGGAAGGAGAAAGAAAAGAGUAAGACACAAGUCGAAACCCAAGACGAAAGCCAGACUACGGAAAUUCCUGAAGCUGGCAUCACAGCGGAAGAGGCUGCUGGAUUACAGAGCACACCAAACAAUGUCCCACAGGGGAAGGACAUAGAGGAUUGCAACCAAAAAGCCGUGCAGCAAGGCUCAGCAGGUGUCAAUACUGAGGAGGCAGCAGUAAAACAAGAGAACCCCAAGGCAUUUGCCACAACAGACAACAAUAAUUCUGUCAUGAGUUUCUUUAAAACGCUGGUUUCACCAAGCAAAUCAGAAGCCAAAAGUGACUCUGAGGACAAGGAAUCCAAAGUGGAAAAGGGCCAUGGUGGGCAUCUCGCUCAGAAGACAGCAGCAGAAUCCCAAGCUAAAGGAGCUAAAGGAGCCAAGAAAAAGAAGUCAGAGAAUCCCAAGUUAGGACACAAAACAUUUAGCAAACUCUUUAGGCAUAAGUCCACAAAAGAGGCCCAACAGACAACUAAUACCCAAGGUGCUGAACAGCCUGUCACCUCUGUCAAUGUAAAAUCUGAAAAAAAUGCCCCUCCCGCUCAAGAAUCACAGACGACAAAGCAGAAUGCAAAAGCCUCUGAACCUGCAGCUCAGCAGCAGGCAACAGCAGCAACUACCGAAGCCCCUAAAGAUAUGACUAAGGAGAGAUCUGCACCUACUUCAACACCAUUGAGCAAACUCUUCUGGAAAAAGACUGCACCAGAAGACACAGAGGUUGUAAUCAAUGCAAAAGUGGAGGCAUCUUUAGAAGCAGUGGCUCCUGACAAAGAUGAGACUAAAAGCCCAGAAACCGCAGAAGUAAAACUUAGAAGAGAAGACAAUAAAACCCCCAAAACAAACCUGAGGAAGUUUUUUAAACUGUCAGUCAAAAAUGAUGGAGGGGUUACCAGUUCAGAAGAGGUAAACGGCCCAGACUCCAGUCACCAAACAUUAGGCUCCACAGAGAGGCCAGGCGCCCCAACGGAAAGUGAACCUGUGGGCCAGAAGAGCAAGGAGAGUUCAAAAGACAAAACGUCUACAACAGAGCUGAGCAAACAGGAAACCCAAGAUCAGCAAGACUCCAGAGAACAGCAAACCAUAACCACCGCCUCAAUCCAGAAUGGAGGAGACACUGCAAAGGACUCAACCUUCAAGAAAAUAGAGAAGAGACAGUCAUUUGGAGGCUUUUUUAAGGGCUUAGGGCCGAAACGGAUGUCAGAUGCUGAAGUGCAAACAGAUCCAGUGUCUAUUCUACCUGCUGGAAAAUCCAAGUAAUGAAUAUGCUUGGCUGCUGAAGAAUCAGCCACUCUCUCUGAGCUCCUGUGCAGUAAAGAUGUCUCAUUAUUUUCCUUUAUAUGGCCAUCAUCAAAAGAGGGCCAUGCUGAAGGCUAAAGGCAAAGUUUGUAUACAUUUGAGGUGUAUCAUUUACAGAAUUUGUUCAUUAGAUGUUAGUAAGUAACUGUAAAGGUCACUGAGAAACAAACAAUCUGUAAUAUUAUAAUUAAAGGAAGGUCAUGUGAAUGAUUUUUAAGUCUAUGGGGAUGAGAGGAAGUAUAGGUGAGGUCAGCAAGUGGCAGUGAAAAAGAUGAAUAGCAGAGCAAAUGCAUGUGAGGAAAGGAAUACAGUUUUUGUGGCAAAGCAGUAAACAAAGAAUUCUCAGCUACAGAGCUUUAAAGCAGUCAUGAAAAAAAAUCAUAUUUUGAUAAAAUUUAUAUUUAAAAGUAAAUACCAACCAACCCUUAUGUAGUUUGUCAUUAUGCUGUAAUUAGCAAGAUCUGCAGUAUAAUAGAAUCAGUGGUUUUAAGAUUAUGCUUCAGAUUGGUCUGCAUACUAUUAAUGUAAAUUAAAAGGCUAAAAUGCAAAGGCUUGAAAUGAUUUAAAGCACAGUUUCUUCUUUUGGCUUGGUGAGGUAGAAUAAAAAAUACAAAUACUUAAACUAUUCAUACAGCACAAGGGGGCGCUAGUAUCUCCACUCUACUACUAAUUCAGAGGAUGUCUCUAUAAUCUUGUUAAUUUUUUUCAGAUUUAGAAAAAAUAAAAACCUUAGUUGUUUUGUCAGUUACUCAUCUCCAUUCAUAUCUGUAAUUAAUCCUAAUAAAAAGCAACCCUAAAACUUACCAGGAUUCUCCCUGCUUUACCAAACUCUUGUAAUAAUCAGGGUUAAUAAAUUUUACAAAUGAUUUCA